AUGAGACUGCCCGGUGUACAAGGUAGUUGCUCAGAGAGACUUUUCUUAGCUGCUAUGAUACUAUCAUGUAAAUCGCAUUCAGAUCGCACGUACUCUAAUCAAAGUUGGUGUAUCUUCACACCAAGGGACAAGCAAUUGCUACCUCUGGAAUGGCAAAAGUACGACUACGUCAAGUUAGUCGACCACUUCAGGAAUAGUAGCAGUAGUGAUGAGGAUAAUGAUGGGGAGUUUGACAAUGUACCAAUGAUUGAAGCACCUCUUGACAUCUGGAAUCCAAUCCUACCACACACAACGCCAAUAAACGAUAUAACAGUCAGAUCAUGCUCUAUACCCCCAUCAAUGGAAUAUUACUUUGGCGAUUGCUAUCCACCUUCAACUAUAGAGGAGGAUGCAAAGUAUGGUCCAUGGGUUAGAGUAGGCUUAAACCUAAACAUACAAGAUGGUAGCUACUGGCAAUACGUAUAUUACAGGAGAUCGCGUAGAUUAGAUAUAAGCUACAUUGAUGACGUUAAAAUUUUGACCGAAUCAGAAUCAACGAAGGAUCUCGACGCUAGUUGGUUUAGAGUUAACCAGAAUAUAAGAUCAGGCUUGAAGCCAUCAGCUGAGGCUGCUUAUAUUUGGUACCAUAUACACAAACCAUCGAACGAUCCACGUCCACCUUCUGCAAUAACUGAAAUUGAUGUUUUAUUCGGUCAUGGACCAGCCUGGCCUGACUUCCAUAGAUUUGAAGGAGCUAAUGUACAGGAUGAGAGUGACGGCAAGCAAAGAAUGACACUUACUGCUCGUAAAGGUUAUAAACACCCUAAGCAACCAGAAUCAUUGAGAUUCAAGGAAGAUGGUUCAUUUAGAAUCUUACAAAUAGCAGAUUUACAUUUCAGUGUAGGAAAAGGAACGUGUAGAGACACUGACAAAUCUCCUUGUGAGGGUGAUGAAGAGACCAUCAAACUCAUGGCAGAGACUUUAGACGAUGUCAAACCUGAUUUUGUCGUUUUCACUGGCGAUCAACUUAAUGGACAGGGUACUUCCUUUGAUGCUGUCAGCGUAUUGGCCAAAGUACACCAUGAAGUAGUCAAACGCAAGAUACCUUUCACAGCCAUUUUUGGUAACCACGAUUCAGAGUUGACAGACCUUCCAAGGAGCGAACAAAUGAGAUUAGUGCAAGCGCUCCCAUUCUCAUUUGCAGACCCAGGUCCUAGUGAUAUACAUGGAGUUGGAAACCAUGUCCUCAAAGCUUAUUCUCCGGAUAGCUCGAAAACCCACUUGCUUACGAUGUACUUCCUCGACACACACGCUCUUCUACAACCACCGAGGUACAAUCCAUUCAAGAACAUGGCCGGACAAUAUGACUAUAUUAGACAGAAUCAAAUUAACUGGUUCGUCAAGGAGUCAGAUAAGAUAAAACUCAUAAAUCGACCAUUUAUACCACAGAAGGGUGAAGUAUACGACGACACCCAUGAAAAGCAAAAGAGGAUUCCACAGACUGCGCAAAAAGCCAAUGCUAUUGUCUUUGGGCAUAUCCCAUUACGCGAAUACUACGAUAAUGCUGCAGAUUUAGACGAGAACAUGCAUCCUAUCCAAGGAUGGGGACGUCGCGGUGAAGAAGAUGGCGAUGGCGCAAGUAGUAUUAACGGUGGUUUCUUCAAUGCCGCUAAUGGUCUACUUCGCGAUAAUGAAACUGGCGCUAAUCAAAUAAGAGUAAUCGCGCAUGGACAUUGCCAUUUAACGGAUGAAUGUAAGCUCAUUCAAGGUACUUGGAUCUGCUUUGGUGGUGGAUCGUCAUUUUCUGGCUACGGUAGAGUCGGCCACGAUCGCCGGUUCAGAGUCUACGAUGUUAGCGAAUGGGGAGAAAUAAUUGAGACGUUCAAGCGCACCGAGAAAGGUGAAUAUAUCGACAAUGUUAUACUCGUCAACAACUUGUAA